UGGGGGCUGGGCCCAGGGCUGGGGCUGGGACCGCUGUAUGCAAUGGGAACCAGGGCCUGGAGAGGGGGCACAGGCCCCAGCAUUUGACUGCCCAGUCUGGUGUGUCCUCUGCCAAGGAUGUAGGGCUAGGCUCAGGGAGGCCUGCCAGAGAGGGAGGGGGGCCAUCAGACUGCCCACAGACAUGCUUAGCAUCAAACUCCCCCAGCUCUUUGACAUCCACCAAGUCCCCAAGGUGUUCCGGGAGGAUGGCAUCAUCUCGGGAUACCGUCACCCCCAAAGCUCCGCCCUGGACUGCAUCCUUAGCAGCUUCCAGAUGACCAAUGAGACCGUCAACAUCUGGACCCACUUCCUGCCCACAUGGUACUUCCUGUGGCGCUUCAGUGUCCUGUGCUCCACACUGAACUUCCUGUCGGAGAGCUACACCUGGCCGCUGCUGGUGUACAUGCUGCUAAUCUGCGUGUACCCCUUCACCUCCAGCUGUGCCCACACCUUCAGCACCAUGUCCCCCGAGGCACGCCACAUCUGCUACUUCUUCGACUACGGCGCCCUCAGCCUCUACAGCCUGGGUUGUGCCAUAACUUAUAGCUCCUAUGUGAUGCCUGACUGCUGGAUCAACAGCUGGCUGCACCAACACUUUGUGCCCAUCGCCAUCUGCAACACACUAUUCUGCACGAGCCUGUCCUGCUAUUCUAGAUUCCUGGAGAUGCAGUUUCCACACCGGAGUAAAAUUCUCCGGACAGGGGCAUUUGUCUUUCCAUUCAUCUUUGACAACAUCCCUCUAUUUUACAGACUGCUGUUGUGCUGCGGGGGCAGCUGCUGUCACAGUGAGGCCCUGCCCAGUCACUGUUACCACCUCCUCUUCGCCUUCCUCACCUGCUUCCUGUUUGCCUCACACCUCCCAGAGAGGCUGGCCCCGGGGCGCUUUGACUACUUUGGUCACAGUCACCAGCUUUUCCACAUCUGUGCCGUGGUGGGUACCCACUUCCAGAUGGAGGCGGUGCUAGCAGAUAUGACCUCACGCAGGGCGUGGCUCAUCGCCCAGGCGGCCGUACCCUCCUUCCUGAGUACCCUGGGGGCACUGGUCCUCGGCAUCAUCCUCAACCUAGGCAUCAUUGGCAUCUUCAGUGCACCUCUGCUGUGGAACCCUCAUCACAGUGCCAACCACCCACUGACGCCACCCACGAAACGCAAGGACCAGUGACACUCCCCACAACCCCCACAGUAUGUUCAAAUGAAAAGGUUUGGCUAAAUCAUUCUACCAGUCGUGAACUUUGGAAAUAAUAACCAUAAGAAGUUAUAUUAUACCAUUUAAAACCAGGUAGUAUUUGUAUAAACCCAUUGGAUUAUUAUCACAGGAUGGUUUUUCUACAUGUUAUUCUAACGUCAUUAUAAGGUUUGUUUAGGAGUUUAUUAAUGUGUUCACUGUUUGAAGCCGAAUACCCAGCUAUUUCUAUGAAGCCUUUCAGUUAUUCAGUAUCAUUGUAUAAUGUUAAAAGUUUUGGAGGUAUUUUGAGUUAAAGUAUCAUAUGCCAACUUCUUUUCACUUAUACUUGAAAGGAUCUGGGUUGUAUGAAGCAUAUGUGAUGUCUAACAACACAUAAAAGUGCCUUUUUAUAUAUAUAUAUAUAUAUAUAUAUAUAUAUAUAU